AUGUCAUUGCUCAGCCAGUUUUCAAAUAUCUACCCUAUGGAAGAAGUUGAAGUAGUCAUAGUUGGUGCAGGCCCUGCUGGUCUAGCAACAUCUGCAUGUCUAAACCAUCUUUCCAUCCCCAACAUCGUCCUUGAAAGAGGGGAUGUUUAUGCUUCUUUGUGGAAGAAAAGGGCAUAUGACCGUCCUGUUGAGUCUGCCUGUUUUGAUAAAGAGAGUGGAAAAUGGUGGAUCGAUGUAAAAAAUGUUGAACAGAAUGUGGAUGAAACUUACGUUGCAAAGUUUCUUGUGGUUGCAACUGGUGAGAAUAGUGAAGGAUUCAUCCCUGAAGUUCCAGGACUAGAUAGCUUUCCUGGAGAGCUCCUUCAUUCAAGCAAAUACGAAAAUGGCAACAAAUAUAAGGGCAAAGAUGUUCUGGUCGUGGGUUGUGGGAAUUCUGGACUGGAAAUUUCUUAUGACUUAAAUACUUGGGGUGCAAAAACUUCCCUUGUUGCUCGUAGUCCAGCGCAUAUCCUCACUAAAGAGAUUGUGUUUUUGGGUAUGCGUUUGUUAAACUUCCUCCCAUGCAAAGUAGUAGAUGCCACUGUUGUUCUGCUCAGUAGGCUAAAGCAUGGAGAUAUUUCCUACCAUGGGAUCCAUAAGCCCGCAAAGGGACCCUUUUAUCUGAAAGCGACCACCGGCCGAUCCCCUACAAUUGAUGUUGGAGCCGUGGAAAAAAUUAAAGCAAAACAGAUUCAGGUAUUUCCAUCAAUAACUGACAUUAAAGGAAGAAAAGUAGAGUUUGCCAAUGGGAAGGUUAGUCAAUUCGAUGUCCUUAUCUUUGCCACUGGCUACAAAAGCAUUGUGAGACGCUGGCUUAAGGGUGGUGAAGACCUUUUUGACAACAAUGGAAUGCCAAAGCCAAGUUUUCCUGAUCGUUGGAAAGGGAAAAAUGGUCUUUACUGUGCUGGAUUUGCUAGAAAAGGACUUCUAGGGAUUUCAAAUGAUGCAAGAAAUAUUGCAAGAGAUAUUAACCUAGCAUUGAAAAUGGAAGAGCCGAGGAAGGUCGAGCCUUCUGACGAAAAUAGAAGGCCUUUCACCUAUUAUUGUAGAAGGCCCAGUAAAAUAUAG